AUGAGACUAAUUGAGGAAGAUUGGCAAGAGGCUGACACCGUCAAUCAUCGGAGUGUCAUGAUGAGGAGCGCAAAAUUUGGAAAUUUUAUAAUAAUCAUAUGUGCCAGUUUUAUGUUCAGCGGUGGAUUCUUCUAUCAUAUAUUAAUUCCCUUAACAGCCCCUGCAGUUGUUACAGAAAAUAAUAUUACAGUCCAACCGUUUCCAACUCCUGCUUUUGGGAAAUUUUUCACGAGUGGCUACAGUCCGGUUUAUCAAAUUGUUUUUACAGUUCAAGCUUUUACUGGAAUUUUCAAUGAUACGUUGAAUGUGAUGACUUUCAGCUUGGCUACUGUCUUAAUUUUGCAUUCAUGUGGACAGUUUGAUGUUCUUAUUUUGACAAAAAAUGAUAUUUCGAGUCAUAGUCGCUUGGUUCUUAUUGUUCAACGUCAUUUACGAGUCUUGAGCUUCGUCAAAACAUUAGAAGGCUUGCUAACUGAAGUGUGUCUAAUUGAGGUGAUGGGAUCGACAAUAAUAAUUUGCUUAUUAGGAUAUUAUAUUAUUGUGGUAAAAAUUUCUUAUUAUAGUCUUGAUAUUCAUUUCACAAUAAAAAAGUACUACCAGACAAUUAACAAUUUUUUUGCUUUCAGUUACGUUUCUUAUUUAGAUAAGGUGUUUUGUGAAAUAUUUCUUGUCGAAAUAUUGGGAUGUGCCAUCAAUUUGAGUCUUUUGGGUUAUUUCUCAGUGACGAAUUGGAAGGCAGGAAAUCUUGGUAACUUCAUAAAUUUCGCAAUUCUUCUGAAUGUUUUUAUUUUCAACAUUUUUAUAUAUGCAUAUUUUGGAGAACUUCUUACAAUUCAAGCGGAAAAAGUUGGAAAUACUGGAUAUAUGAUAGAAUGGCAUAAACUGCCAAGAAAUAUUUCUUUGGAAUUGUCCUUUUUCAUUCAAGUUUGUCAAUUUCCAAUCAGAGUCACAGCUGGAAAAGUCGUUUUUCUGUCUAUGACAACGUUUACCGCAAUAAUUAAAUCAGCCGCAGCCUAUUUAAAUAUUAUAUGGAAAAUGUAACACAGAA